AUUGAACAAGACUAAGCAGAUCAAUGUUAGGAUAUACAUAGAUAUUAAUAUAUUUUGUUUCCUUUGCGCCACAAUGUCGUCUGUGGAGAUAUGUGCAAUGGUUUAACGUUGGUUUUAUAUUAAUUCCAUAAUGACAUCAGUUCUAGCACUUUACCGUGAUCAUGAUGCACUUAUAAAUAUGUCAUCUAAUCAACAACCUACGCUUAUAAUACGCAGACUUAGUGUGGACGAAUAUGUCUUACCUAAAAUUCAUACCAAGAAAAUUAAGAGAGUAAAUUCUGAGAGGAAACCAUUUAGUAUUAAUCCAUUUCCCAAACUUGGGACAGGACAUGGUGUAUAUGUGUUUGAAAACCAAUAUUUUAAAUAUGAAGGAGAAUGGGUGAAAGGAAAGAAGCAUGGAUUUGGUAAAUUACUGUUAAAAGAUGGAACCUAUUAUGAAGGACAAUUUAACCAAGGGGAGAUUACUGGCACAGGAUUUAAGUUUUUUUCAGAAACAAAAUGUAAAUACAAAGGACAAUUUUUAAAAGGUGAAAUGCAUGGACGAGGAAUCAUGGAAUUCCCUGACAGCUCAGAAUAUGAAGGAAAUUUUGUGCACAAUAGAAAAAAUGGAUAUGGUGUAAUGAGGACCCCAUUAACUCAGUAUGAUGGAGGUUAUCAGGGAAAUAUGAGGCACGGGGAAGGAAGAAUGGUAUAUGCGCCAAUGAGAUAUGAUAAAACCAGUAAUGGUGACAGAUACGAGGGAUACUGGGUUGCAGACAAGAGACAUGGACCCGGAGUAUUACACUGUGCUGAUGGAUCUAUAUUUGAUGGAAACUUUGACAAUGAUGAAUUCCAUGGUCAUGGUUUAUACAGACAUAUAUCAGGUGUUAUAUACGAUGGGAUGUGGCUGAAGGGUUUCCCUGCUAAGAUGGCUAGUAAACUUCACAUUGUCGUAGAGAAUACACCCAUGGUUAUACGACAGGGAACACCUUUUACAAUUACUGUACAAUGUCUGAAUGAUGAGAAUGAAGUGGUCGGAGAUGAAGGGAGAGAGAUCCAGAUUACAGCAGGAUUUAAAUAUUACCAGCCAUCUAAAGGUUCUGCUCUCUUUGAUAUGAUAGAGGAUGUAGAAGACAAACCAAUAGAUACACCAUUUGGUUAUCAAGUAGUACAUUACCCACUGACCAAUCAGGAGCAGGAAAACGAUGGACCAUCAGAAGAGGAUGAAGAGCAGGAACUGUCACAAUCUCAAACACAACUAGAUCUGAAAGAAGAUGAAGAUGAAAAUCAGAACAAUAAAGAAGAAGAGACAAAAGAAGGAGAAGAUGGAGAAAAAUUGACAGAGAAUGAGAAACAGGAUGAAGAGAAGGAUGAUGGCGUAGAUAACAGUGGUGGAGGGGUAGAAGAGGCAGAUGAAAUUCCUAAUAACACAACAACGGAAACAGAAUCCGUUCCACUUCCACCUCCAGUACCUAAUUGUCGAUCAGAGGAGGGUGUCUGUGUGUGGAGUGAUGUGUAUCUAGCACCAGCGCCACCUAUGUACAGACCAUUUGUUGCUAUGGAAGAAGCAGAGAAUGAUAAGAAAUCUUCAUCAAGAGGGAAACCAGCUAUCAACAAAGAUGAUAGAAGAUCAUCCAUUGUUCCAGAGCAGAGGAGGCAGACAAUUCAUGAUCCUGGUAACAUAGACAGAAGAGGAUCGGUUAAUAAGGAUUCUUCACCAAGACGAUAUUCCACGGGUGUUGUCAGACAUAACACAUGUAGCAGUAUCAGUCCUGGAUUGCAAAGAGUUGUUACAGUAGCAAAGCUUCCUUCAAUUUUGGAUAAAAUGAGAAGACAGAAAGAAAAAGCUUUAGAAGAGAAAUAUGCAAAGACAGGAGAGUAUGUGUUGAUGGUUCAUGAUGUUACAAAUCCACCAUUCCUUGGUAGAACCAUAGAGCCUGCUUUCUUGCUGCUUAAAUUGAAACGUCCAGAAGCCAAGAAACGAACAAAGAAGGAAGGAAAGAAAUGGGACACAUCACAGCACAUCAGACGUUCUAUGGUAGCCACAGAAGGGUCAGAGGAUUGAUGACAAUACAGCCUAGGAAUUAAUUAUAGUCUUUCAUUUAAUUAUUACUACUGCCUUAGUUUAAAUGAAAUUUAUUACAAGUGGGUAAUCCAGCAAUUUUGAAGAAAGUAGGACAAGGGGUUCUUAUAUAGUGAUAAUAUUCAUAGGAACAAUAAAUUUGUCUUGUUUUUGUUAUUAAAUUAUUGACAAUUUUAGACUGGUUAUUGAAUUGUAAUUUACUUUAAGGACGUUGCUGCAGUUUUGUCCAAUGCUUUGGUUUUACAUUCAUUUUAAACACUAUUUAAAGUUCAUAUUAACAGAUAUACAUGGGGUAAUAAUUCUGCUGACGCAGGGACGUACAGUAAAUUUGAAUCCCGUAGACUACAAAUAACAGGAAUCAAGUUUCUACUGUAUUUACACGAGUUUAAGAUAUGUCUCUCGAAUAAUGAUAUGGCAUUCCAUUUCAGUAGUGUUGUAAUACCUAAUAAGCUCCCUUCAGUGUUACUGUCAGUGCUAAAUAUGUUUUCUUCUGUGAAGAUACAUUUCUGAUAGCUGAGUAUUGACCCAAAGUUUCAGCCAGUGGUUCAUAUUUUAUGGCACAAUUUAUACUUUUAUUGAAUAAUUCAGUUCUUAAUGUAUAUUGAUGUCUGUAGUAACUAGUCACCUUUUAAGUUUGUUGUUUUAAAUGUAUAUAUAAAUUGUAAUAUUUUACACACCGUGUCAAAGACUCUUAUUUCUUUUUGUGAAUCUACUGUGAGUUAUCACUUUUGCUUUGUAAGGUCAGAAUUAUAUUCUCCAAAUGGUAAAAUUUACAGGUGUCUGUAUGUCCAAAAUUGACAAGCACUUAGUAGGAUAGUUUCUAUGCACAAAAAAGGGUAUAGAGGCAGUAGAAAAAAAAUUCUGAUGAUGUUAAUUCGUGUUGUGGAAAGAUUCAAUGAAGUUAUCAAUUACUGUAGAUUUAUUUGUGGGUACAAAUUUUCAUGGAUUUGAGAUAAAAAAAAAAUAUGGAUAUUUAAGAUAUGUGCUAAUGAAGUAUAGAAUAUUUGCAAAAUCUGUCCAUAAAAGUAAUUUGCAUUCCUGGUUUAUGGGUUCCUCACAAAUCCAUCAAAAAAUAAAGAAUCCCCAGAAAUAAUGAUGAAUACACUGUACAAUGUUUAUAAUUACUUCCUUAAUUAACCUUACUAUACAUGUAAGAUGAAUCAAUUAAACAUUCUUAAAACAGAUGUAUCAGUUCAUUUAUAAAUAUUUCAAAGUUGAUAAAGUACUAUUGGUAGAUGUUUAUAUUUA